GUGAAACGGACUGGUUCACUUUUAGUAUACAGUCUAGUUUAAACAAACAUUUCAUCAAACACUGUCAGUUAAGACACAAAAAUUACAAAUUCAAAGUAAUUUUUGGUGAUCAAGAGACAAAUUGAAUUAAAAAAUCUAUAUUUUUAGAUUUCAAUGUGAUCUCUUGAAAAGAGUUUCAACCUAUCAGAAGUAUAAGCAGCUCAUUUGUAUUAAAAAUGAAGUUUCUCACAUUAUCGCUCAUUGUUCUUGGAUUAUUGGUUGACCUUGGUUUUAGUGCACCAAAUCCUGCCGCAGCAAAUGCUGACCAAUUAGAAAAUGUCAAUUAUCGUUUGAACACAGAUGUCUUGCCAAGUAAUUAUGUGAUUAAUCUUACACCUUAUUUUGAUAAUGUCGAAGGGAAAGAACCAUUCACUUUCGACGGAUACGUGAAGAUAACACUGGAAGCGACUAAAACCGGUGUCAAAACGAUCACUCUUCACCAGGAUGCUCUGGACAUUGAGACAGUAACUAUAAAUCCGAAAUCAACAUUUUCAUUUCCAUCGUCCAAAAAGGUGGAAAUUGCUAAUAUAGACUAUGAAGAAAAAACUAAUAAACUAAGUCUUCACUUGUCUGAACCACUGUCUAUAUCACCGCAAGAAUACGAACUUCAUUUCAAGUAUACUGGAAAAUUAAGAACUGACAUGCAUGGAUUCUAUCGGAGUUCAUACAAAGAAAAUGGUGAAACAAAAUGGUUAGCUUCAACUCAGAUGCAACCGGUUUAUGCUCGUAAAGUGUUCCCAUGUUUUGAUGAACCUCGUUUCAAAGCAACAUUUGACAUUGUUAUGAAUCGACCAAGUCAUUUUAAACCAACACUCAGUAACACGCCUCUAAAAAAUUCUGCCUUUGCAAGUUCAAAUAUGACAACUGACACUUUUGAACAAACACCAAAGAUGUCAACUUAUUUGGUUGCUUUUAUUGUAUCAGAAUUUGAAUGUCGUGAGAAUGAUAAACAUACAUUUGCCGUUUGCUCUCGUCCAAAUGCAUACAAUCAAACCAAAUAUAGUUUUGAUGUUGGACAAAAAAUAUUGGCCAAAUUCGACGAAAGAUUUGAUUACAAAUACAAUACUCAUAUGAAGAAAAUGGCAAUGGUAGCCAUCCCAGAUUUCGAUGCUGGAGCUAUGGAAAAUUGGGGUUUGUUGACUUAUCGUGAAGUGGCCCUUUUAUACGACCCCAAUGUAUCGACCGCUUUCGCUCAACAAAGAGUGGCAUCAGUCGUAGCACACGAGCAAACGCACAUGUGGUUUGGAGACUUGGUAACUUGCGAUUGGUGGGAAAAUACCUGGUUGAAUGAAGGUUUCGCUCGAUUUUUUGAAUAUUUUGGCACAGAAAUGGUCGAAGCUAAAUGGGGUUUGGAGCAACAAUUCAUUGUUAAUCAAAUUCAUGUUGCUUUAGUCGGUGACUCACUGGAAUCAACGAAAGCACUUUUCCAUGAAGUAAACACACCCGAUGAAAUUGGCGACCGAUUCGGAUUGAUAUCAUACUAUAAAGGUGGUUCGGUAAUUCGAAUGUUUGAACAUACUUUUGGGCAUGAUAAAUUUACUGAUGCACUCAGACAUUAUCUUAAAACAAAUGCAUUGAAAACAUCUGUGCCCGACAAAUUGUAUGACGCUUUCCAAGACACAAUGGGUGGUGACGAACAUGUUCGCGGCUUCAUGAACAGUUGGGUUGUCAACGCAGGCUAUCCAGUUCUAAAUGUGAAGGUCUCCACUGAAGAAAAUCAAACAAAAAUAACAUUAACGCAAAAGCGAUUUUUACGGAAUAAUCCAGAACACGGAGAUAAGACACUUUGGUCUAUUCCAAUCACCUUUGCAUCGAAUAAUCAUAAUACGCAGUUUAAAAAUACAAAACCUACUGCUUAUUUAGAAAAUGAACAAUUGAUCAUCGAGACCCAAGGUCCAAUUGAAUGGAUUGUAUUUAAUGUACAACAAACGGGUUAUUAUCGCGUGAAUUAUGAUGACGCCACAUGGGCUGCAUUGGACAAGGCAUUGUAUAAUUCACAUACAAAAAUCCAUGUACAUAAUAGAGCUCAGAUCGUGGACGAUGCAUUGAAUUUGGCUCGUGCCCGCCAAUUGAACUAUUCUCAAGCCUUGCAUACGAUUGAGUACCUUCAAAAUGAAACCGAUUACAUUCCAUGGUUAUCGGCAUUCAAUAACUUUGAAUUCAUUUUGGCACGUUUUAAGACAGAAGAAGCUCCAAUGCUCGAGAAUUUCCUUCUAGGUCUUUUGGGCAAAGUUUAUUCUUAUCUUGGAUUCCAUCCAAAGGACAGCGAUACUCGUUUGGACAUUUAUAAUCGAGAACUUAUUUUGAAGUACGCAUGUAAAUUUGGUCAUGAAAAGUGCAUUGCCAACGCACGCGCUGAAUUCGAUAAGUUUUCGAUGGGAGACUACAAGAUCCCCGUCAACUUAGUGCCAGUAGUUUAUUGUUCAGUAAUUAGCGAAGGAUCGUACAAAGAAUGGGAAUAUUUAUGGAGAAAAUUCAAAACCGAAAAUGUGGCGACUGAACAAGUGACAAUUUUGCGUGCAUUGGGCUGCACAAAACAAGCAAAAGUGUUAAUGGAAUAUUUGGAGAAAAUUCUAUCUGAUGAUAUUCGAUUGCAAGAUAAACAUUCAGCAUUCGUCUCCACUCUUAUGCAGCAGGGAAAUGUCAAUUUGGUACUGGAUUUCAUUGUUACAAAUCACCAACGUAUCAACAAAGCAUUUGAAUCUGAGAAAGAGGUCCCAUCGAUGUUAUCACAAGUGGCCGCACGUUCAACUUCCAACGAACAAAUUGAUAAAAUUGUACAUUUUGUUGAUGAACACAAGAUAAACGACGCAGGCCUUAAAUCAGCCCUACUCCUUGCAAAAACUAACUUGAAAUGGGCUGAAGAACAUAUUCCAACUAUUAAAAAAUAUUUGAAAAAUCAAAAACCAAACAGCACAAUGGCAAACAUCAUAUAGUUUUAGUUUUAUUCAUCGGCUCUUCAAAUUAGUUAACAAGAAUAUCUUCAAUUAUUUUGCAACUAGUAUUUGAAGGGUCGUCUGUUAUGUUUUGUCUUUGUUACUUGAAUUUUUUUGAAAUAAAUCCUUUUGAGCGGUAGCACACAUAA